AUGGCUUCGCCUAUUGCGAUCCUGAACGCCGAGCAGUAUAGUGGGAUUCACACCAUUGGAAAGAGCAGCAAAAUGAGGAAAGCACACCAGCCAUCAGUGGAUGAUGGGCCACGCAAGAAGGCAAAGACCUCCUCCAUGGGAACCGCUGCCACGGUUGAGGACCAGGACGGUGGAGAUGAGAAGGGGAGAAAAGCUAGGGGAAGACCGAGGCUGGAUACGAAAGACCAGACUGCUGUCGACCGACGAAGGACUCAAAUUCGAUUAGCCCAAAGGGCUUAUCGGAGCAGGAAGGAGAAUGCCAUCCAGUCUCUUGAAAAGAAUGUUCAAGACUUACAGGAGACCAACGAAGAGAUGACUAACGCAUUCAUGAGACUCCAUGACUAUGCUGUGAACCAUGGAAUCGUCCGCAUGGCCCCCGAAUUUGCUCGUGAGCUCCAGUUGACGACGGAGAAAUUCCUCUCGCUCACCAGACGGUCAUGCGAGAGGAGCGGGAACGAGAGCCUCGAGCGAGAUUCAGAAGACUCAAGCAACUCACCAGAACAUCAUAUAGAGGAUACCAGCUCUUCAGAGACCCUUGAUGUGUCUCAUUUUUCCAGCAACAUAAAGAACACAAACAACAACGACGGCAAUAACAACACUACCGUCUUGGGUUACGAAGUCAUGAAUGAAGCUGAGCUGGACCACGCCCUCUCCAUGGCCGAUCUCUCUAUGCCUGAUGGCCAAAUAGCAACUAGCCAGGCGCCGCCCUUGGGGUUCGAUGAAGAAGUCCCCACGAUGUCAUCGCUUGACAGCACGAACUUUACAUUCGAUGUGUCCGCCACCUUCCCAGACUUCUUCACCGGUACUAGUACCAACCCUAACCUCGUACCUCAACGCUCCAGUACGCCCACCAUAUCUCCACCUCCCCUCUCCCCUUUCCUCUACUCCCUCUCCCUGUCCACACCCGAUUCUCUCGCCUUCAACGAAAUAACCUUUGGCCGCCGCCUACAGCGCCACGCUCUCGAGAGAGGCUACCAGCUCAUCACGAUGCCUAACCCUCCCAAAGAUGCCUUCGCCCGCAUCUUUGGCUUCUGCAUGCUCUUCGAAUCCGUCGACCAGAUCCGCGAGCGCAUCGCGCGCGGCCUCGCGCGGUCCACGGCCGAGUCUCUCAACUACUGGGCCGCGCCGUUCUGGGCGCUGGGCGGGACGGGACAGAGGUCCUUUGCCGGUUCUACUGCUGCUGGUCCCAACGUCCGCGGUGGGAAGCUGCCGCUGCCGGGGAACAGGGGCACAGAGGAUGUCGGAAAGCAUGCCUUUGCUACGUCGUUCGGACUGGGCCCGUUUGACGCCAAUACGACCGACGCGAGGGAUAAGCGUGUCGAUGGGAAGAUGAGGAUCAUGUUGCCGGGGUUCCAGGGGGAGUUCUUCGACGCAGAUGAGGUCGAGCUGUAUCUCAGGAGCAGGGGCGUGGUGAUUCAGCCUGGUCAGGACUACGUUACGGUGGAGGUAGAUGAGGAGUGGUUUAAGGAGGGCCGACAGGGCUCGUUCGAUGUGCAGGCUGCGUAUGACCAGUGGGCUUCGCUGUCGCCAAACUCUGGGUCGCCUUCACUGUCAGCGGUGCCGACGGUGACAGCCGAUGACAGGCCAUGGGAUGUGGGUGAUGGGUUGAGUGACAGUAUAUUUGAGGAAGCCGCGAGCUUCAUGGGAUUUCCUGGCAAUGGUCACGCUGCUAGGAAACUUGUGACGCUGGACAUCGAUAAGUUUGUUCGCGAACUGGUGGACCGUGGCGUGUGCUUAGGACGGGCGCCUGGUUUCCGCCCUAGUGAUGUGUACCAUGCGUUUUGCAUAGCCAUAAAGAGUGAUGAUGUUUUGUAA